AGCCUCUUCAGUCUGAAGUGUCUAUUUUCUUAUUACCAACCCUCGUUUUGUCGUCACUAUGGCCUGCAAAGUGAUUGUAUACGCUCUUCUAGCCGGCCUUGCUUUUGGUCGACCCCAGACAUAUCCAGAAACGGCACAAGGAAACCCAAGUGGAUAUCCAUAUACAAACCCCUCCUCUUACGAUCCGUUGCCAUCCAAUCCUUACAAUAUCGAUGGCGGGUUCAUCGACUGGAGGACAUACAAGGCCAAUGGUGUGAACCUCGGAAGCUGGCUCGAGAAGGAGCGCACUCACGAUCCCAUCUGGUGGUCCGAGGUUGGCGGCGACAGUGUCAUAGAUGAGUGGUCCCUCUGUCAGCUCCUUGGCCAAAGGUGCGGUCCCAUUUUCGAGUCACGUUACGCCAGUUUCCUGAACUACACCACCAUAGACGACCUUGCCAGCGUCGGCGUCAACACGCUGCGCAUCCCAACCACGUACGCAGCGUGGGUCGAGGUGCCCGGCUCGGAGCUUCACUCGGGCUACCAAGUCCAGUUCAUGGACCGCAUUGUCUCGUACGCCGUCAAGCGCUACAACAUGCACAUCAUCAUCGGCCUGCACUCUCUCCCCGGCGGCGUGAACUCGCUCGACAUCGGCGAGGCCUUUGGGCACGACGGAUGGUUCUUCAACGAGACGAACCUGAUCUACUCCUGGCAGGCCGUCGACCGCAUCCUGGACUACAUCCAAGCGUCGCCCCUCGGGCUGGACAAGUUCUCCAUCUCCCCGCUGAACGAGGCCUCGGACACGAACCUCGUCGGCUUCGGCACCGCGGCCGGCCUCACCGACAAAGGCGCAGCCUGGAUCGCCCGGUACCUCGCCGGCGUGCUGGACCGCAUCAAGGCCGUCAACAGGGGCAUUCCGCUGAUCGUCCAGGACUGCUUCAAGGGCACCGAAUUCUGGGCGCCGUACUUCGCCGCUACUGAUAACGUCGUGAUUAGUCCGCACGUCUACUACUUCGCUGCUGCCGGGGUGUAUGCCAACUACCUCACGCCUGCUGUCUGCGGCCAGGCGCAGUUUAUCGCGACGCAGACCAAGUUCCCCAAUUUCGUCGGCGAGUGGUCGCUGCAGACGCGGUUUAAUAACAAGUUCGAUGGACGUGAAGAGGUGUUCAACACCCAGAGGUACGCGUGGGGCGAGUAUCUGAGCGGCGGGACUUUCUGGACCGCGGUGUCGUAUGCGACGACUGCUGUUGAUGGAGAGGGAACUCAGAGGGAGUACUGGAGCUAUGUGGACUUGAUCAGGCAGGGCGUUAUCAAAAGCGAGGAUUCUGAUGUGGCUUACUGCUAGUCGGAGCAUCCGUGGAAGGCUGGUAAUCAGUCAUGGACAGUGAUAGUGUAAGACAGAAUACUAUGUAGGCGAAGGUAUAUACAU